AUGUCUAACAUGGCGAGGUAUACUGUCAAGUUCGUCGCUGGCGAACGCAAGGGCAGUUUCCUCGUUCCGCUCUCACCUACACAACCCUGCUCAUCUUUGAUCGGCGCUGUCAAGAACCGGCUUUUCAGCCUCAAAGGUCAAGAAGAGCUUGCCGGCAUCAAAGAUGCGGAUGCCACGUUGCAUUUGGAAGACGCAGACGGGCCCAUGCUGUAUCCUGGCGACGCCCUCCAGGAUGUCCUUCCAGGAGCGAAAGAGAUCGUCGUAAUUGUUUUCGAAGCCUUGCAGGCAUUCACCGCCCAUCUCCCUCAUCAGAACUCGCAAAGCCCGAACGGCCCGCUUCCCGCCAACGUUCCUUCACUCAAAAUCCGCGUGGUCAGUCCUGAGUCAGCUAGGAACAGCCGCAUCGACAGAAUCGACCCUCUGCUUGAUGUUAUUCCCCUCAGCUGCACCCUGACAGAACUUAAGGCACGAGUCCAAGUGCACCUUGGGUUCCCUGCCGACGAUGGCAUUUGUCCGGAUCUUGCGUGCAACUGCAUGCUGGCCCAGAAGAUCGAUGAGCAUGCCGUCCUCGGAGAAGACUACGAAGCUGCGCGCACCGCCGUCAUUGUACAUGGCAGUCAUGAUAUACUUGCUGUGCCCGUCGACGGACCCUACACAUCCCAUUUCGAAGAAGCUGCACAAGAGCUGAUGCAGCCAAACAAGGUGCUCACGUUCAUUGGCGGUGUCGCACUGCCAACGCAGUCCGAUGACAACAAGCAAUACAUCAAAGCUCCGGUUCUGGCCAUCUGCUCGAAACGGCGUCAUGCUGCUCAUGACCCCACAUCAGCAAACACAGUUUUCGACGGCCGUGAGCUUAUUGUCGAUCUACACACGUCAGAGUGCCCUAUCAAUGUAACUGAGCACAAUGGCAGCGUUACUUUGGCCGAAGCGGGCUUAGAGGACUGCGCAGUAGACAGCAUUCUGACCAUCUAUGCGGUCCAGCGAUGGACUGAUCCUCAAGAAGAGCUUGCCGAUGGCAAGGCGGGCAUCUUUCAAAAAUCCGCUGCGUGGGAACACCCGCAUGGUCAAUCAGACCGGGGCAUUUCAAGUCUGUUAUCGACUCUGCGCGUGUUCACCAACCUCACUUCGGGCCGGGCCAUGGAAGAUGAACGACAGGACGCCGUAUUACACAUGAUCUACCUGCUCACCCAAUUUCCGCCAGCGGUUCGAGCAAUCUACAUUCUCAUGCGUGGCGAGACACCACCGUCGGCGGAGCGUGCUGCGUUGGCUCAAUCUAUAUACGAAGUGCUCAAGUCCGUGGUUCCCCUGCAAGUCGUUGGGUCGGACCCCUUGCGCUUCUUUGAAGGUUCUAGGCUGCUUUUUGGUUUAAUCCUUGAAAAGGCCAAGAACCUAGAGAUCACAAAGACCAAAAAUGCCUCAAGCUUGCCGUACGUUGGUAUGAGUGUGUACGAUCUUCGUAACAUGAUCACUAUGGAGCCCGUACUCUCAGUUCCAGUGCAGACUAAAGCAGGCUUGCUCGAAUCCGGCCUUUUCAAAGCAUUCGAGCAUGGCGGUCUCAUCACAUGGACGAACCACAACAACACUGCGAGAUCCUCCACGUUUGACGCAGCAUGGAGCCGCAUGGCAGCACUUUCGGGAGGCACAAAAGCUCGGAUUUUGAGAUUCAAUCUUGAUGCUGUCAGCACGAGUGUCCGAUAUCUUGACCAAGGUGACGUCAAUCAUGUCAUUGCUGCAGCAGAGUACUCAGAGCUGCCAUAUCUCGCAGGCCUAUGCGCGCGGAAUCAAUUGGGCGUCGUUCCUCCGUCAGCAUUGCCCUCUGCGACGCCUCCGGUGCUAACGUUAGACCGUGACGGCUCGUUGGCUGUUUACAUCGGUCGCGCGGCUUGCGCGGAAGCAGGUAGGGAUAUCCUACUAUUCAGGCCAACAAGUUUAAGGGAAGAGGACAGCGUCGAUGUUUCCAUCAUCACUCAAUUGCUUGAACCUAUUUUGGCUCAGCGAAAGGCAGACGGGACCGAUAUCUUUGAGGCGUAUGGCGAUCAGCAGCGCCGAGUGAUCGUGCCAGACGAGGUCGCCGUUAUUUGUGUCGAUUUGAGCCGCAGCAUGCUUUCUAGAUGCGGCUUCGUAGACGUGCAAGACAGUGAGGAUGCCGACGCGCGGAUCAACAGCAGUCGGACAGCAGCACCAAGCGCAACGAUGACUGAAAACCCUGGGUUCCAUCUGCCCGAUUCUGACGAGCUGAAAGAGUAUUUGAGGAACCAUGAGUCAUUCGAGGACUUCCUAGCCAUCACUCGCGCCGGUAACAGCAAUUAUCAGCGUCGACGGAACGCCGAGAAGGUGCUACAGAUCAUUCAGCAAAUUGACGGACUGAAAAUUGAGGCCAAGACUAAAGAGCUUGAACAGCUUCGAAACCGCACCACUCACUAUAACUACAGGAUGAAAGCCAACGAUAUCGAACUUGAACUGAACACUGUAAAGAAUCGGUCAUUGCGACUGCAGAAAUACAAAGCACUCAUAUGCGCUUGGCUGCUUACCUGUUUGGGCACAGAAGACGCAUCUGCAGACCCCCUAGUUUGGCGACCUGGACAGCCUAUACCCAAGAUACCGAUGAAGUUGCAACAGGGAGCCACUUCACGACUAGAUUUUCGUGUUCCCAGGGAGUAUUGUUGUCAUAUUGGCAGUGAAAUCAUGGACGAUCCUGUCAUUACCGAAGACAACUUCACCUACGAGCGCAGAAACAUUGAGCGAUGGUUUCAAUCCAACGAAACCUCGCCCCUCACGAAUCUUGUGCUUUCCAACCUCGAUCUCCGGCCAAACCUUCCGAUGAGAGAGAAGAUCGCGCAGUAUUUGAGGGGUGCGGACAUUACUUCAAAGUACCAAGAUCUCCGUGGGAACACCCAUUUGAUGCGGGUCUCGCUCAAGUCGCCUCUUGAUACCUGGUCACUGCUUCUACCACGUAGACUCAAGUUAUCAGAGCUGUGGGAGCUUGCGUUCAGAUUAACCAAAGGACGAUACUUCAGUUUCGAGCUACAACAUCGUAACGCACGUCUCGCUUCUUCUGAAGCUACCAUUAUCACCGCUCUCAUCCCCAGUAACGCGGUCUUCAUCACGCCUACGGACCCCCAGACGGCAUCAUCCGCGACUUCUGGUGUCAUGCAACAGAUUUGUCUUGUGAAAGUCUAUGGAUGGCCGUCUAGGCAGAUGGUCGUGUCAUACUGGGAACCGAUGAAUACCACGCGGUCAGUAGGCUCGUCGGUCUUCAAAUAUUAUCGUGCAAAGCUUGCAACGAGCCCAGGGACUUCUGUGGAAGGCUUUUUCCAUCUGUGGUAUUGCCUCGUGGAUGUCGGCGACGGUGAGACCACUGGGUGUACGAUCAACGGUCCUUGGGAGCGGCUCUCUAAUUACUUCAACGAAGAUAUUUCGACCGGCGGGUUGACGGAAGAACCGUGCGUUGCGAAGGCUGAUGAGAGCGGAGCACGCAGCGGCCGUGGUAUGGACCAGCCAUUGGUGUUCAAGCUGACCAUUCUGGGCAAUCGCAAAUCAUCUUCCUCAAAUGUGGUCAAGAGCCCCCAUUUGAGCCGUCUUGAUGUGCUUAAGCAAAUGUUUGAUGCUUUCAUCAACCGAUUACUGGCAUAUAACUUCCAAACCCAUAUUGGUCUUGUGGCCUUCGGGAGUAAGGCUUCCGUCGCUCAGCCCAUUACGAAUGCUGUGGAAAACUUCCGACACAAGCUCAACAACAUGCUAGCCUCGGGCGACACCGCCAUUUGGGACAGCAUCGCGCUUGCGCAGGAUCAGCUUCAAACGUACGCCGAGAAAUAUCCUACGGCUAGACUGCGAAUCAUCUGCAUCUCCGAUGGAGAAGACACCAAGUCCAAUCAGGAUAAAGUCAACGUGACUUCGAGAUUGUGCCGAAAUGGAACCAUGCUUGACUCAUUCUGUCUAGGCGACGCAAGCAAUGAGAGUCUACAGAUAAUGUCCUAUCUCACAAAGGGCUAUACCUUCGAGCCCAAGACGCUCGAAGAAGCUAUGGCAAUAUGUGAGCUUGAGCCUGUAUUGUCAAGUCUCGAGAGGCCAGAGCCAGUUGAAUCUGCUCAUCGCCGGUUCAGAGACGCGUUUCAUGCUUACCCUACGCAAUCCAACUUCCUUAAGGCUGGUGCAGAGGUGUCGGUCGAACGUGUCAGUCAAGAUAUCUACCCAAAGCGUAAGGAUCACCCUCAGUUAGCAGAGGAAUUUGUGGAGCUCGGGACCUUUGCCAAACAAUCCACUCAGGCUCGUACAGACGGCAACUUGAGGCUCAAUCGUUUGCACACCGAAAUUCGCAAUUCCGGCGCACAUGCUCACUCGGAUUACGACGUCUACAUCAACGAGUCCAACAUGGCUUUCUGGAAGGUGGUUAUGCAAGGCCCCCCAGAGAGCACAUAUGCUGGUGGCACGUUCCUACUGUACAUCGACAUGGGCGCCGACUAUCCCAUGUUCGCACCUACAGCUCGCUUCGUGACCCCGAUCUACCACCCUAACAUCAAUCGCCACGGACGCAUUUGCCACUCGAUCCUCGAUCGUAACUGGACGGUCGACACUAGCAACAAGGACUUGCUUGACACGAUCUACUCGCUUCUGCUGGUGCCCGAGUUCAGCGACCCGAUCAACACUGUCGUGACGCUCAACUACCAUUGGGACGAAGUUCAGUUCAAGGAGGAGGCGCAGAGGCAUAUCCAGAAGCACGCGAGCAAGUCACGUGCGGAGUGGCGUGCCGAGAUUGUUGGCUAG